CCACCACGCCACCACCUCCUCCGCAAACAAACGCACGGCACGCUGGUUUGGUUGCAGCGCCCCCGGCCAAGACGCUGCCGAGAGCAGGAGGCGUCGUCGCGAGGCAGCAAAGGCAAAAGAGCGGCAGGGAAGACUUGUGAGCCGGCCGGCCGCGCGCCGAGCGAAAGAUAGCAGCCGAGAGCAGCAGCAGCAGCAGCAGGCGGGCAACAACAACAACAUGCCGACGGGCGGCGUGUUCUCCGGGUCGGUGAACCUCAAGUACGUGAAGCUCGGGUACCAGUACCUGGUGAACCACUUCCUGACGCUGCUGCUGGUGCCGGUGAUGGCCGCCACGGCGCUGGAGCUGGCGCGCCUGGGCCCCGGCGAGCUGCUCUCGCUGUGGCGGUCGCUGGAGCUGGACCUGGUCCACAUCCUCUGCUCCGUGUUCCUCGUCGUCUUCAUCGGCACCGUGUACGUGAUGUCGCGCCCCAGGCCCGUGUACCUGGUGGACUACGCCUGCUACAAGCCCCCCGCCAGCUGCCGCGUGCCCUUCGCCACCUUCAUGGAGCACACGCGCCUCAUCAGCGACGACGACAAGAGCGUGCGCUUCCAGACGAGGAUCCUCGAGCGCUCGGGGCUCGGCGAGGACACGUGCCUCCCGCCAGCCAACCACUACAUCCCGCCCAACCCGAGCAUGGAGGCGUCGCGCGCCGAGGCGCAGCUCGUCAUCUUCUCCGCCAUCGACGACCUCGUCCGACGCACGGGGCUCAAGCCCAAGGACAUCGACAUACUCGUCGUCAACUGCAGCCUCUUCUCGCCCACGCCGUCGCUGUCCGCCAUGAUCAUCAACAAGUACAAGCUCCGUAGCAACAUCCGGAGCUUCAACCUGUCGGGGAUGGGAUGCAGUGCCGGGCUCAUCUCCAUCGACCUCGCGCGGGACAUGCUCCAGGUGCACCCGAACUCGAACGCGCUGGUGGUGUCGACCGAGAUCAUCACCCCCAACUUCUACCAGGGGAGCCGGCGCGACAUGCUGCUCCCCAACUGCCUGUUCCGGAUGGGCGCGGCGGCGAUCCUGCUGUCCAACCGGCGGCGCGAGGCCCGGCGCGCCAAGUACCGGCUGGUGCACGUGGUGAGGACGCACAAGGGCGCGGACGACCGCGCGUACCGGUGCGUGUACCAGGAGGAGGACGACCAGGGCUUCUCGGGCAUCUCGCUGUCCAAGGAGCUGAUGGCCAUCGCCGGCGACGCGCUCAAGUCCAACAUCACCACCAUCGGCCCGCUGGUGCUCCCCAUGUCGGAGCAGCUGCUCUUCUUCUUCCGCCUGGUGGGGCGCAAGCUCUUCAACAAGGCCUGGAAGCCCUACAUCCCGGACUUCAAGCUGGCGUUCGAGCACUUCUGCAUCCACGCGGGCGGCCGCGCCGUCAUCGACGAGCUGCAGAAGAACCUGCAGCUGUCGCCGCGCCACGUGGAGGCGUCCCGCAUGACGCUGCACCGCUUCGGCAACACCUCCAGCAGCUCCCUCUGGUACGAGCUCGCCUACAUCGAGGCCAAGGGCCGGAUGCGCCGCGGCGACCGCGUCUGGCAGAUCGGAUUCGGCAGCGGGUUCAAGUGCAACAGCGCCGUGUGGAAGUGCCUCCGCAGCAUCAAGACGCCCACCAACGGGCCCUGGGACGACUGCAUCCACCGCUACCCCGUCGACGUCCCGGAGGUCGUCAAGCUGUGACCGACGGGCUACGGCUACGAGAGAGCUCGACCGCCGCCGCCAUACUGUCCCCCCUGUACGUCCCGCGAAGCAUUUCGCUUAAAAUUUGGAGUUUUUUUUUUCUGUUCCUUCUUCUCUGCUGUCCUCUUCUCUUCCUUUUUUCUUUGCUAUUAAAAAUGGUAAAAAGAAGAAGAAAGAUCCAUAUAUACUCUGAUUGUUGCAAGCUAGUAUCACACGACGAAUGAUCAUCACAGGGAGAUUAAUUAAAUUAGCUCUUGCUGGAUGUGUAGCGUUGGCGUGCUGUCAGAAUUGUCAUCUCCCAGGGGACUGGGUGAUUGGAAUUUACUUGAAUGAGGAGUCGAGCACUUGUAAAGUGUAAUCCAUGUUGUAACCGGUGAAAGGGAUACAUGCAUUCUCCUGAUAGUUGAACCAAUCGUGUCUGCUUGUUAGUUUCUUGUCA